CGGAAGAAUGCCAGCGUCUUCUUAACCUCAAACAUGACAAUGCUAUGAUCGAGUCAGCCACAUGUUUCGGUCAAGUGAAUGUCAUUAAGCAGCGAUCUUCUGAUAAACGGUUCAACAAACGGGAUCAGCCAUCUUCGAAGCCUGCUGCAAACGACACGAGGAAAAAACCUGAUACACCGUGUUGGUUUUGCGGUGCAUUUCACUACGUACGGGACUGUACCUUCAAAAACCACAAAUGCUCUGAAUGUAAGCAGUUUGGACAUCGUGAAGGCUACUGCAACAGUUCAAAAAAGUCACAACGUUCAUCGAGAAAGGGUAAUCAUUCGGUGGCAAGCAAAAUGGUCGUCGUUAAUGUGUGCAACGUGCAGAAGCGAAGGAGAUUCGUUUCCGUUACCCUUGAUGGAACACAGGUUCGUCUUCAGUUGGAUACGGCUUCCGAUAUUACCGUCAUCAGCCAGCAGAUCUGGAAGAAAAUUGGCAGCCCAAGGUUGUCACCAGCAACAGUAAAAGCCAAGGCAGCAUCUGGAAACAUUUUGCCACUUGAUGGUGAAUUUAACUGUGACAUCACUAUCGGCGAAAACACACGCACGCAGAUAAUUCGUGUCACCGAGAAACCACUACACCUGCUUGGAUCUGAUUUAGUCGAUAGUUUUCAUUUGUGGUCCAUACCAAUGGAUACUUUUUGCUGCCAAGUUACUAGUACCCCGUCCACCAGUGGAACUCUCAAAGCUACUUACCCAAAAGUGUUCAGCGAAAAGCUCGGGUUGUGCAACCGGACCAAAGUUAAAUUUGAGGUAAAAGAACAGUGCAAGCCUGUUUUUUGUGCCAAGCGUCCGGUGGCGUAUGCAAUGUACAGCGCAGUCGACCAGGAAUUGGACAGGUUAGAAAAACUCAAUAUCAUCACACUGGUCGACUAUUCGGAAUGGGCAGCGCCGAUCGUCGUAGUGCGCAAAGCAAAUGGCAACAUCCGAAUUUGCGGAGACUAUUCAACAGGUCUAAACUCCGCUUUGCAGCCUCAUCUGUAUCCACUGCCACUCCCGGAAGACAUCUUUGCCAAGCUGGCUAACUGCAAAAUAUUCAGCCAGAUUGAUCUUUCGGACGCUUUUCUACAGGUGGAAAUCGACGAACAGUACCGUCAUUUGCUGACAAUUAACACACACCGUGGUCUUUACCACUACAACCGCCUUCCACCUGGUGUAAAGGUAGCACCUGGUGUCUUUCAGCAGCUCAUCGAUACCAUGCUAGCCGGCCUUAAGGGCACUUCUGGUUAUCUCGAUGACGUCAUCGUUGGCGGUGAAACACAAGAGGAGCACGACCGUAAUUUGGAAGCAGUUCUUCAGCGGAUUCAGGAUUUUGGUUUUACCAUCAGAGCCGAAAAGUGCAGCUUCAGUAAGCAACAGAUACGCUAUUUGGGCCAUCUAUUCGACCGACGUGGAUUGCAACCUGAUCCAGUAAAAGUUGAGGCAAUAACCAAGCUACCUCCUCCCACUGACAUUUCAGGUGUUCGCUCUUUCCUUGGGGCGAUCAAUUAUUACGGCAAGUUUGUGCCCAACAUGCGACAGUUGCGCUAUCCGAUCGACAACUUGCUGAAGUCGGAGACAAAGUUCGUCUGGAAUUCGGAGUGCCAGCAAGCGUUCGAGCGAUUCAAGCAGAUUCUCUCCUCGGGACUUCUGCUGACACACUACGAUCCGAAGCAGGAGAUUAUAGUAUCGGCUGACGCAUCAUCCGUUGGCCUCGGAGCAACCAUCAGUCACAAAUUCCCCGAUGGGUCCAUCAAGGUUGUUCAGCAUGCUUCCAGAGCGCUCACGAAAGCGGAACAAAACUACAGCCAGCCCGAUCGCGAAGGUUUAGCAAUCAUCUUUGCAGUCACCAAGUUCCACAAAAUGGUUUUCGGUAGGAAAUUCCGCCUACAAACCGACCACGCUCCUCUGCUUCGAAUUUUUGGUUCUAAGAAGGGUAUACCGAUGUAUACGGCAAACCGGUUACAACGUUUCGCCCUCAAUCUGCUAUUGUACGAUUUUGACAUUGAAUACGUGCCAACCGACAAAUUUGGCAACGCUGACGUGUUGUCUCGUCUAAUCAACCAACACGUUAAGCCAGAGGAGGAUUACGUCAUUGCGAGCAUUAUCCUCGAAGAAGAUGUAAGGUCAGUAGCCGCAGAUACCGUUAAUAUGUUACCUCUCAGUUUCAGAGUCGUAGCACAGAGUACCCAAGCUGAUCCACUGCUUCGCAAAGUCUUCCGGUACAUACAAGACGGUUGGCCUUCAUCAAAAACCGUCGAUCCGGAGCUUAAGCGGUUUCACUCCAGGCAGGAGUCACUUACUGUGGUUGAUGGGUGUAUUCUGUUUGCUGAACGACUCGUCAUUCCAUCGCAGUAUCGAAAACGAUGCUUGGACCAGCUUCAUCGUGGACAUCCGGGCAUGCAGCGGAUGAAAGCAAUCGCCAGAAGCUACGUCUACUGGCCCUCCAUAGAUGAUGAUAUAAUUGGUUAUGUAAAGGCGUGUCAGCAUUGCGCAUCCGUUUCCAGGUCCCCUCCUUGCGCUGCUCCUGUACCGUGGCCGAAAACAUCCGGCCCAUGGCAGCGUGUUCACGUAGAUUUUGCCGGUCCCAUCGAAGGCGAAUAUUACCUCAUUGCAGUGGAUUCGUACUCCAAGUGGCCAGAGAUUGUGCAAACCAGAAGAAUCACCUCUACAGCUACAAUCAGCAUCCUGUGUGGCCUUUUUGCUCGACUUGGUAUGCCAGUGACUCUAGUGUCCGACAACGGUACCCAAUUUACGAGCGUGGAAUUUGCUGAGUUUUGCGUAAUCAACGGUAUCGAGCACAUCACGACACCCCCCUUUCAUCCACAAUCCAACGGCCAAGCUGAGCGUUUUGUAGACACUUUCAAAAGGGCCGUCAAGAAAAUCCGAGAGGGUAGAGGAUCAAUUACUGAUGCGUUGGAUACCUUCUUGCUCGCUUAUAGAAGCACACCUAACCGUUCGGCUCCUGAAGGCAAAUCUCCAUCUGAACUUUUGUUUGGUCGCAAGAUCCGAACCUGUCUCGAACUACUUCGGCCGCCCCCUGCGACUGAACCGAAGCCAAUCGAGAAGCAGCACAGCCAGUUGAGAUUUUUCAGUCGGAAUGAUCCAGUAUUUGCCAAAGUAUAUGCAAGAAACAGUUGGAAAUGGUCUCCAGGUGUGAUCGUCGAAAGAAUUGGUGACGUGAUGUACAACAUCUGGGUGGAGGACCGCCGAAUGCUACGUUCGCAUAUUAAUCAACUCCGUAGUCGAACUGUAACCGGAUCAACCACCAACACAGUAGGACAGCAAACCAGAUAUGCUCAGUUACCUUUGGAUAUUCUGUUGGACGUGUGGAAGCUGCCGAACUUACCAACUGAUACAACAUCACAGUCAUCAUCGACGCUGCAGCCAACCACCUCACAAUGUGCAUCGUCGACACCUCGUUGUGAUCAGCCGCCUGAAUCGGUGGUUAGUCCAUCACUUUCUCCACUGUCUUCGUCAUCACAUGCAACAUCUUCCGAAUUUGAGUCAGCAGUUGAAGCAGAUCCGGUGGCAGCACUACCACGCCGAUCUUCGAGAGUUCGAAGAGCGCCGCAGUGGUUUGACCCGUUCCACCUUUAUUAAGAGGGGAGAUGUUGGAGACAACUAAACUGGAGGGAUGGCAACUCUGCCCUGCCAUCCGCCACUCUCUGCGCUAGGCUCUCUAGUGACAGUCUUGCUGUCACUCCGAGAUGCCGCCAUAAGCGGAAACCACUUAUCAACCAGUCAGUCAUCAGUCAGUCCGUUGAGCACAUGCUCUUUAUUUUAACCUUUCGUUAUUAAAAGUAUUUUAUGUAGUCUGUACGCGAGUGUCUUUUAUUUGAUCAACAAGACUCCUGACCUGCCCGCGCACAGGGCUAC